AUGGAGCUCUGCAGACGCAGACUUGAAGAAUAUAAAAUACUUGUGCAUUCUUAUGGGACUACGGUUCUCAUUUUUGCCAUUUUGAACUUGGCGUUUGCUGUAGUGGCAAUCUUUGCCAAUAUCCUGGCUAUUGGAGCUUUAUGGAGAGCAUCAUCUAUACCAAGUACCUUGAAAAAACUCUAUCUAAGCCUUGCCGCCUCUGAUCUUGGCGUGGGCGUUCUCGCUCAGCCUAUGUAUGGUAUAGUCAUAUUGGAACUUUUGAAGAAGGAAAGCAAUGAAAGAGACAGCUCUGACUUUUUAUGUCCCAUCAUCUUGGCUGUAAAUUAUUUUUGCAUAUAUCUUCUCACCAGCGCAUCUUUCCUUACGAUGAUCGCCAUCGCUGUGGAUAGACUUCUUGCGAUAUUUCUUCACCUGCGAUACAGAGAACUCGUUACUCCUGGUCGUGCUGUUACAUUUUUGAUCACUUUGUGGUCGACAAGCUUUGCCGUCGCUUUCCCCGUAAACAUUUCCAUUCCUAGGCAGAAUCAUCUGGUGGUAGCCAUUUUUCAAUUUGGUGGACUUUUCGUGACAACCGUUGUCUACAUUUACACUUGCAAAGUCGUUCGUUAUCAUCGUAUUAAGAUACUUGACCAAUGUUAUUUUCGAAAUCGUCAAGCGAUGGAAGCUCUCCGAGAAAAGAAAUCAAUGAUAAAUUCCUUGUUUAUUCAAAUUGUUUUUGUGGCUUGUUAUCUGCCAAACUUGUGCUCUAUAAUUUUUCUGACAGUGAGCCGUUAUCGAUCCACUUCUUUGGCAGCGCAUCAUGUCUCUUCGUUUCUCGUUCUUCUGAAUUCAUCAAUCAACCCCGUUGUUUACUGCUGGAGAUAUCGCGAGCUUCGAGAAAUCGUGAAAUGCAUGAUGAAGAAACUCAUCAAGCUUCCCACGCAACCAUCGAAUGAAUGAAGCGUUGAUUCACAUUGAGGAUAAACGUGUGCAUUUGAUAAUAAACGUUUAUCUUACGAAACCCUAAGCACUAGGUACCCUAAGAACUGAAUUUUACAGGUUCAAGUGUAAAAUGCCCAAGGCCAUAUCAUACUCGUCAAGAUAAUUAGAGCAGUACAAACUUAUGCAUGCACAAUCUUAUUUGUAUAUGUCACAGAAAACAAACCACUUUGUUCAAAAGGGGCUCAAAUAGUCAAGUAUAUACGUAGUUUUUUUCAAGUUUUAUACCAAAAAUGACACAAAUGAUUUCCCUCAAAGAUCUUGAGACGUACGUUUCGUGAAAAAAAAACUGAUAUCGGUUGGUACCAAUUUAUUACAGUUCCUUACGGAAAGAAUAUCAAAAGUGCUUUUAUUGUUAUGUUUUUAAUCAUAACGACCAACUUGGUUGAUGUUUGCCCGAUGUAAAUUUUCUAGGAGCCGAUGAGUUGAAAUGAAGUAGAAAACUAGAUCAGGAAAUAUUAUUGAACUUAACUAACCUUGCGACACUCAGAGUUAUUACUCAGAGCCUAAUGAGAGGAAAACACCUUUCGUUCCAAUUCGAAAUUUAUGGUCAAUUUAACCGCAACAUGGUUAGAGAGAUUUUCCACAAAAUAUAACUCACACGACGAGGGUAUCAAUGACGGUACCAUGGAAAAAGUGUUGUUCAGAAUUUCGAAAAUAUUUAAAUCAGAAGGCGGGUUUAGUAUCAUUGUCAGAGAUGUAUUCGAAUGACAAAAAAUGGAAGAGACUCAGUCGCUGUCCCUGCCACCUAAAGCCGUCACUUGGGAGUUACAUAUGAUAAGUUAAUGUUUUUGUUUUGAUCAAAGAGGUUAGGAAAUUUCCCACAAAUUUUACGCACAAGCACUGAUAUUUUUCUGAGUGUCGAUUUUUCAUUUCUCCACGUUCAUAAUUGAAGUCUCUGAUGUGGUUUUCUAAGAUAACCGCCAAAAUUGAAGCGGGAGAUUGCAGAAAAGAAGGAGUUGCCUUGGGGAAUAUGUUAAGGUGAGAGAUAAUUGAAUGAUUUUGCCACGUUCUUCCUCAGCCAGCUGUCAAAAAUUGAGUUCCUUUUGAUAUUCAAAUGUAGUAUUGACAUCAUUGUGUCCUCCUUCGAACGUCAAAGGAUUUCUCUUAGUUUUGGAUCUUAAUGCAAAAUGGCUUAAAAAAAUAUCAAACAACUUUAAGAGAAGCUGACAUUCUGUUCGAACAGAGUUCCUUUAGAGGAUGAAAGUCCGUUUUUAUUAGUCAAGGUUAUACGGAACGUUCAGAUGUUUUUGGCCUUGGGGGUUAUCUUUUUCAAAAACCAGCGAAAAAGAUGCUAUCCAGCUACAGUGCAUGAAUAUAAUUUACAUCUCAUCUCUCGAGUGAAUUCCAAAGUAAGCAAACUGUAUUCUUGCUCAUGUCGUUCUCUAGCAAGAGAACAGUGCAACAAUUCAGAAUACACAUUUUAUUCACAUUUCAGAAAUGAAUUGUUCUAGCAUCCUUUUCUCUGAUUAGAAAUUUAUUUCAAAUUGCUCAAAAGAAACUUAGAUUAAUAUAGAUCGUUCACAAGUUAUUUCCAAAAGUGUGCAUGCUUUGGUAUUUAAAUUUUCUUUUCGUUCGUGUUUCCCCGCCAACAUUCUUGGCAAGGAGGUGCGUUUGACUACCGGCAGCUGUUCUGCCCUUGAAUUAGUGAAAAGAUUUGUCGCAUUAUUUUGAAUAUUCUGUUGUAUCAUGCGAAAUAACUUUCAAAAUAACGGAACUACAAAAAUAUUACUGGUGCUGGUGAACUUACGAAAAAAAAAAUGUAUGCACAAUUUGUUGCUUGUGCGGUAUCUUUUCAAUGGCCAUCGAAAAAGAUGCCAUCCAUUGACAGUUCAUAAAUAUAAUUUACAUCUCAUCUCUCGACUGAAUUCCACAGUAAGCAAACCAUAUCCUUGCUCACAUCAUUCUCUAGCAAGAGGGGAGUCACUGGGAAAGAAAUUGAACAACUGAUGGAAGGUGCUUUGAAGAAUUCUUCCUUAUGUUCACUUUUUUUGAAAUCUUAAUACGCCUGACUUGCCCCAAAGUCGUAUUAAUGCCAUCUUGAACCUUGCGAAAACAAAUGCGUUGCUUAUUGAAAAUGACCAAUCGAAGUAAGUAUUUGAUGACGUUACAGGUGCUUUGAAAUUUUACACAUUCAGUCGAAAGCUGGCCAAACAACAAGGGUGAAUUAGAUUCUAAUUAACAAGUUUUGAAAUUUUGCUUAAGGUGUUAAUGUAAACAUAUACACACAAAAUGAACAUUGGAAAAAAAACUAAUGAAAAAUUUAACUGUUCGUUAAAUGAUUUUGCACAUGAAUUAAAAAAAUAAUUUGUGUCAGAUUUUGUCCUUUCGGAUGAUUACUGAAUUUAAACAAUUCUUUCCAAACUUUCAUGCUUGUGUUAAAUUCCAAAUUUUUCCCUCGUCCUCCCCAUGUCAGGCUAUCAUGCGUUAUUAAAAGACAAAAAAGAAAAAAAUUACACAUAUUUCUUUUUUUAAUUUGAACGAUGUGAAGAGAAUUUACAUGGUCUCGGAUAACCAUGAUAAUUCCCCCCCCCCCGCGAGUUGCCCUGACCGGGCUAGCUUUUCACUUAUUUCUUUGAAAGCCUCAACUAAACAUUUUCAAGAAAAUGUCGAACUCGUCUCGGAAGGUCGAGUUGUCCUGCCUCGGCAAGAAGGGUAGCCAUGUCAGGGGGGACAACUUCUCAUAUAAAUACUUCGGCUCGCCUGCCCGAGACGGGAAGGCUCAAAUUUUGUCUAAUAUAAUAAUAAUGAUAACUAUAAUAAUUUUAAUGAAAUUAAUUAUGAUAAUGAUAAUAAUAAUCAUCAUCAUCAUUAUUAUAAUCGGACUUUAAGAAGCGUCUAACCUGUGAAAAGACAGCUUUUGCAGCUGGCAGCCCCCUAAAAACCCUCCGAAACCAUAUAAACAGAGCCUAAAUGUUAAAAAAGCUAGAAAAUUUGUUUAACAUCGAUAUCUUAUUCACGCUUUUAGCGUCUUAAUUCGUAUAUUUAACGCGCGGAUUUCAGACUUGAAUGUGGCAUUCUAGACUUCCAUUCAUUGCUAUUCUUUUCGAUAUCUGUGAGAAAAUUCUUCCUUUCACCACAAAGUUUUCCACAUUAGCUUAUUAUACGCAGGUAAGCUUUCAAAGCUCAGCCGGAACAAUGGAAUAAUUGUUGGUACGUUAACUUUAUUUCCACCAAAAUAUUUGUCCAAGUAAUUGUUUACGCGUUAGGUUUACGAAGAUUUCAUGGGAAAAUCAGACGAGGAAUAAAAUUCAUUUGUCGAAAAUCGCUGGAGAAAAACUUGUUUUAUGGUGCAUCUAAUCAGCUCUAAUUUGAAAAUAUUCAUUUAACUGCGUUUAUUUUACCCAUGGAUAACAGCUUGCAUGUAUUAAAUGUAGUCUUAUAAUAUUGGAAGAUCGAAAUGAGUUAUUAGCAUAAAACAAACAGCUUUAAUUUAACUACUUGCUUUUGUGUUUCAUCCAUCUAGAGGUUGGUCAACAUUAUACUUUGUUCCUUCAUACAUUUUAUUUGACGAAGCCACCGAAAAGAGCAGGUACUACUUCUAAAUCUGCAUAAUUUGUUUAAGAAAAAAACUCUUCCGCGGAUAAUAGUUCAAUGUCAAAAAUUUUGUUGCUUUGAAAAGCGUUUAUAAAAUCGGUUCUUGAUAAUUACCGUUCGCCAUGCAAAUUUUCAUAAAACAGCCUUGAACAGAACGUCAAAAACUGGAUAUGAUUUAUUGAAAAACAAGUGAGAAUAACCAUUCAUUCAGUCGGUAACCAUUCAAUAUGGUUACCGACCUCUGCAGAGAGAAACUGGAAGAAUACGAGAGACUUGUUCGUUAUCACAGGACUUUUAUGUUAUCUUAUUGCGUCUUAACUUUCGCGUUUUCUUUCAUUGCAACUCUUGGAAACCUACUUGUUAUCCGUGCUCUCUGGAAAGCGUCGUCAUUGCCCGAAACUUUAAGAAAGUUGUUUAUAAACCUUGCCGUCUCCGACUUGGCAGUAGGAUCAAUUGUGCAGUUAAUGUUAGGUGCAAUUAUUGCGAUCGUCUUGUACAAGGAAGCAAAUGGAAACCACAACAAAACAGUUCACAUGCUUUGCCCAGCAACUAUAAGUCUCUUUAUGUUCCUUAUAUUAACUAUGGUCUCGGCAUCGUUCUUCACCAUUAGCGCAAUUGCUGUAGAUAGAUUUCUGGCCAUCUCUCUCCAUCUACGAUACCAAGGACUUGUCACUUCAAAGCGGGUAUGGAUCGUCCUGAUGACCGUGUGGUUGAUAAGUUUUGUUAUUGCAAGUGCAUUUAUCUCAAUACCACGUUAUAACCUUGCAGUUGUUGUUGCAGCUCAACUAUAUGGACUUGCCGUAUCUACUGCAAUAUACAUCUAUAUUUACAAAAUUGCAAGAUAUCACAGGAAUCAAAUUCAGACCCAGUGCCAAUUGCAAAAUGACCACGUCGUGAAAGUUCUUCGGGAAAAGAAAUCCGCCAUCAGCGCGUUGCUUGUCUACAUUGUCUUAAUGGUUUGCUACGUUCCAAAUUUAGCCUGCUCAGUUUUGAUGUUAGUUGACAGAUUUAAAAUGACAUUUCUGGUUGCUAAUCGCGCUUCCUUGUUUUUGGUGCUACUAAAUUCCUCCCUAAACCCACUCAUUUAUUGUUGGCGAUACCGCGAGCUUCGUGAAAUG